AUGGCCGUGAGCUCCAGAUUUUAUGCAAACGAUGUGCCAGAGUUUGGUCACAAAAUGCUCAAGUACUUUGCUUUGGACCCAGACUAUAUCAAUCUGAACAACGGAUCAUAUGGGACGACACCCAAACCUGUGCAGUUGGCCGUCGAUGAGCUAACUGAGAAAAUCGAAGCGUGUCCUGACCUAUUUCACAAAUUUUCAUACCUCCCCAUGCUCGUGGAGUCGCGGGCGCGAGUCGCAUCUCUAAUCGGUGCCAAAACCGACGAGGUUGUGUUCGUCGAAAACGCCUCCAUGGGAAUCAACACCAUCUUGAGGAACUUUGAAUGGGAAGAAGGGGACAUGAUCAUAUCCUGCGAGUUCCCUUAUCACAUGGCACCAGGACUUACUUCUCAUUUUUCGACGACAUACAAUGCUGUAUCACGCACAAUUCAGCAUAUUAGCGAUGUCCUCCCGCAUCCCACAUCAAGCGUUAUAAACCUCACAUUCCCCACUACACACAAGGAAAUCAUCCAGCAAUUCAGGACCCACCUUCGUAGUCACCCUGCGAUGCCAGGCAGAAGACGCGUCGUUGUCAUCGACAGCAUCGUAUCCAACCCUGGCGUCCUCCUCCCAUGGAAAGAAAUGGUCCAGAUAUGCAAAGAGGAACGCGCAUGGAGCGUCGUGGAUGCAGCGCAUUCCAUUGGACAGGAAGUGGGAAUCGACCUCACACAGUCUGCGCCGGAUUUCUGGGUUUCGCACAUCGUGAGGUCGGCAAUACCCACUUCAGCUUUAUAUUCGAGCCCUCUCGAGCCCGUGCACUAUGGGUUCGCCAAACAAUUUGAAUGGACUGGAACAAUCGAUUGGACACGAUGCUUAACGGUGCCAGAUGCUCUUGAUUUCCGAAAGUGGAUGGGUGGUGAAGAGAAGAUAAACGCGUAUUGCCACGAUCUCGCAAUAAACGGCGGAAAAAUCCUCGCUCAAAUAUUCGGAACGAGUAUGAUGGACCCUGACGGGGAACUCACUUUAAACAUGGUCAAUGUGGAACUCCCUUUGUCAGGGAACAUAACUGCACCACUUGGUGUCAAAAUGCAUGCUAGCCUUCUCCACAAAAUGCUGGUCGAAAAGAAGGCAUUCGCUGCACUAUUUUACCACAACGGCAGGUGGUGGAUACGUUGUAGUGCACAGGUCUGGAAUGAGUCGGAAGAUUUUGAGAAAAUUGGCAAGUUGUGGCUCCAAGCUUGCAAAGACGUGAAAGAAGAAUUCCAACUGACCAGAUAA